GCGCGGGGGCCGAGCCUCGCUACUCGGUCGGCCGCCGGCUCUCGAGUCGCACUGCCUGCCGGAGCCCGGGCCGCGGCGCCCCGCGGAGGAGGGCGAAGGAAGGCGGCCAUGGCCCCGUGGGAGCUCUCGGGGUCCGCGGUCCUGGCCGCCGCUGUCUUCGUGGGAGGCACCGCGAGUUCGCCGCUGGUGGCCCCGGACAUUGGUGGCAGCCACACGUUGCACUCCAGGACAGAGACGACCCCGGAGCCCACUAACAAUACUGGGAAUGGACACCCAGAAUAUAUCGCGUAUGCCCUUGUCCCUGUGUUCUUCAUCAUGGGUCUCUUUGGUGUCCUCAUCUGUCACCUGCUUAAGAAGAAGGGCUAUCGUUGUACAACAGAAGCCGAGCAAGAGGUGGAAGAGGAGAAGGUUGAAAAGAUAGAGUUGAAUGACAGUGUCAAUGAAAAUAGUGACACCGUUGGGCAGAUUGUCCAGUACAUCAUGAAAAAUGAAGCAAACGUUGAUGUUUUAAAGGCAAUGGUAGCAGAUAACAGCCUGGGGGACCCUGAAAGCCCUGUGACUCCCAGCACUCCUGGGAGCCCGCCUGUGAGCCCGGGGCCCUUGUCCCCAGGAGGCACCCCAGGAAAACACAUCUGUGGCCACCAUCUACACACAGUAGGAGGUGCUGUUGAGAGGGACGUGUGUCAUCGGUGUAGGCACAAGCGGUGGCACUUCAUAAGACCCACCAACAAGUCCAAACAGGGCCAUGCAAGGCGUCAAGGAGAGGUCACUGUCCUCUCUGUUGGCAGGUUUAGAGUGACAAAAGUGGAACACAAAUCAAAUCAGAAGGAACGGAGAAGUUUGAUGUCAGUUAGCGGGACCGACAGUGUCAACGGUGAUGUGCCUGCGACACCUGUGAAGAGAGAACAAAGUGACACAGAGUAGCAGGGGUGACCUUAUUUCAAGAGUUCUAAGACACUGAAGACUUAGAAGAAGUUGCCUGGGGAAUUUUUUAAAAUUUUUAUACAGUUUCUGUUGUGGAGUCUGCAGACAUGGGGAUAAAAGCUAAAAGGGAAUAUCUGUGCUAUGCUACAUACAGAAUUCAGUUUGCUUGGAAACAAGGUUUGGGUUAAAAAGUCCAAGGGAAAAUUUACUACAUUUCCAGUGAAGGAAAGAGCUUAUUUUAAAAUUUUCCCAACCACCAUACUUCCCAGUCCCCUAUUUCUGGCCUUGGUACAUCUUGCCAGUUUUUCUCGCAUGAUCGCUGUGUGCAGGGGAACUAUUUGUGUGCAGUCCGAGCUGCUGCUUGGGGAUGUUUAUGCAUGAAUGUGUGUGAGUGUGCGCAUACACACACAUACAUGCACAUCUGUGCACGGCUUCUGUUCUCCCAACCCAUAGAUCUCAUUUUGCAACUAGUUGCAAGAAGAUCCUCUUGCAGUUUAACUGUUAAAAAAGAUAAAGAUGAAGCUUCAAUGGUCAAAGGUCCUUGCAGAUAAUCUGGUCUAGCCCUGAGAAAUUGGGGUUCCUAUCCUUCCCGGAAGGGCAUGGAGUCAGAUGGAACCAGAAGCCAGACUUCGGAUUCUUGGACCAAGAAGUCACCACCACCGUGCCACUCCUAGGUCACUUAUAAAAUAUCGAGAGUAUUUUUUUCUUAAACUUGCGCUAAGCAAGUCUUAUUUAAUCUAUUGAAUAAAGGGGGAUAAUAGUUUAAAAUGACUUAAAAAAAAAAACCCGGCAAAACUAAAAAAAAAAAAAUGCUUGUUUUGACAACCCAAGGCCAAAACAAAACAAAGAUACCCAACUUCUGAUGAAGAAUGGACCAAUACCUUCCCCUGGCAUGUUUUGCUCGGACACUUCCUAUUUUGCGUCUUGUAACCCAUGCUCGUUAUUUAAAAGAUUCUUGAUGGUUACAUUUCCCCUGUAGCCUUGAAAACCCUACUUUUAUGUGUUUUUAAAAGCUAUGUAGUGUACGAAACCCCUGCAAGAACCAGAGGCAGAGAUAGUAGCACAUUUCUGACAGGUGUGGGCCGGGGACUGGGAGCGCCCAGUUACAGGCAGGUCUCCAAGACCUGCCCCCAUGUCAGUGUUGGUGUGAUGCCUGGGGCACUUCUUUGAUCUAGGAGAGAAAGAGCAUCUUUCUCAUUUCACCCCCAAAGAAGAUUUCCAUAUGUAAAGUACUGACUGUAAACUUACGCAUUCCAUUCUGUUUAUAGCAUCAAACUAAAAAUGUCCAACCUUUUAAAUGAAUGGUGAGUUUAAUUUCAUGUGAAUUUUUUCUGACAACCGGUUAGAGCUCCACGUGUGUACAUACAUCUAUACAGUGGACUAGGGGAAGCUGGUAUGGAAAGAAAUCCCACUGAAGUCCAGAAAGGGGCAACAUAGGAAUUUUGGGGGUGUGUGUAUUACUGUAAAUAACUAUAUGUGCAGUCUAGAUCAAUAGUUUUAGUUUUUUUAAGAACAUCAUUUUUUUGGCUUGAAAACUAUGAUGUCCUCAAAGGGUGAGGCUAAAAUGUAAGAUAUUCUUCAGCUUUAAUUAUUUUUUAAUUUUAUUCAGGUCAGAGCACUUUUUUAUAGCAAUACAACAGGCAAGAGAAUACUCAACCAUAUUUAAAAUUGUGUUUAUACCAAGAGUACCUUUUAAAUAUUUUCUAAUACUUGAGCAGUUUUUGUCCGGCUGGCUUCCAAAUAUGCCAAAAGUUAAGCAUUCAAUGUUUUGACACAUAAGCUUUUUACUGAUAAGAAUUCUUAAGUGUUCCCAAAGCAACUGAUGUUUACAGGGCUUGUGUUCUUCUUCCUUCUCUGGAAGGAUCUGGGGAUCCACCAUGAACUUACUAUACAAAACACUAAUGAUGGGCUAACUUCUGGUUUAAUGAGUGAGUUGGCUACCACCUUGAUGUAAAAAUUUGUAAAGGAAACUUUUUCACCAUUUUGAGUGUCAGAUGUAUUUUUAACUGUCUGGUUUGUACUUUUACGACUUUUGUACUACCAAAGCAGAGUUAAAAAUAAAAAUGUUAAACAUAAA